AUGGAUAUUGUAGAGUUCUACGUAUCUUGUAACCCUCCGUUACUCCCUAAAGGAGUGGCGCUGAUAUUUGCCCGUGUCGAGGAAAGAAAUGACCUUGGAAUCUUUGAGAUCCUUUACGAACCUGAGACCCCUUGGUUUAAGCUCAUUGCCCUAAGGGCUUCUCAGCACGAAAUCACCAACUGGAUGCACUCUCAACUAGAGGAGCUAAUGGAAUCAGAAGCCGACGCUGUUAUACGAGACGAAGACGAAGAUGAUCUCGGUACAUCUGUCAUUCAACCCGAUGUUGAGGUACUAGUCGAGGACCCACACAUUAUUGCCUUUCCUUCUCUCCAAACAAUCCUGAAAGACACCCUCAGUCAAUAUGAUGCGUUCCGAUAUCCCGCCACUAUCAAGAUCCUACCUUACAAAACACUUUGGCGAGUUCCAGAAUCAUCUGGAGUCACUAUCCUACAGAUUCUCUCGAAUUACGAGUCCUUGGGAUCUGUGUUGCCUUUAGGCCCAAGCAUCGACAGCCUUCAAGCUCUCACAAAAUGUGUUAUUACAUAUAAUUUCCAGGGUUCCUUAUUAUACAUCGGCAGCAGUGAAAGCGAACACGCACUAGGCGUUGCAAAACUAAAACUUGACACUCUUGCAGCCUUUAUGCAUGUCCCCUUGGUCCCUACCACUCAUAUGGUCUUCACUGAGACUUCGAGCUCGGCUACACUCUGCUACCGAUACAUGACACAUACGGGACUAUCCGGAUUGACUUAUGUUGAUUCCGCCGUCAUCGGUCAGAGCGAGGCCAUGGAGUACUCCUCGAUCGGCAGCGCAGCGUCCCUGAGAAUUGAAUCUCUUAAUCGGUACCGGCAGCCUGCGCCCGAUCGCGUCAAGUACCCAAUUCCAGAGACAGGUAAACUUAGAGAUUGGCAUCCAGAAUUUCGUCCAUUCUCUGGAUAUUCAUAUGGGAACAAACGCUCUGGUGCCAUCCCUACUAUCAAGAAGAAAAGACCUCAACAGAAGAUCCAUCACCAAGAAUCGGACAGUGUUGGCAAGAUCACAGCUAGCACUGAGGGACACCGCAAUCUCGAACAUAUCGGCACAGACUUACCACAAGUUCGAAAGUGCUUAGAAGAUCUCAGGUACCAAGCUCGAAAUAACAAGAAAAUCACUAAUUGGCUCUGUAGCAUCGAGUUCAGCGGAGAUGAUGACCAGCUGAAGCCAGCCUCAUUUCUGGUAGGGGACAGUGGAAAGCAAGGCGACGGAAUAGCAACAGACUUACAAUAUGGCUCGCGUCCUGAGUUAUCACGAGGUAUUGAAGAGUCAAGGGAACCUUGGCUUGUCAACACUAAAGGCGUCCCUCUUGAGGAGGCCAAGAUCAAAGAUCAGGUGCCAGGAUCAGAUUAUCGGGCUUCUUUAUGCCAACUUCCCUUAGGCUUGGAUAUGCCAGAAAAUAGUCUCGAGCUCCCCAACUUUCCGAAUCCUUCCGGUCCGCAGUCUAAUGCUGCAAAGGAUUUGAUGGACAUUGAUGAUGGUCCUAUCACAACUCCCGCGCUCAUGGAUAAUAUCCCUUUGCAUGAUGACGGGAACAAACUUCAGACUGUAUCGGAGGAUCAAGUUGUUCAUUCUGAGGUCACAUUCGGUAAAAGAAACCAUCAGGAAAAGAGACUGUUCGAUACCAUGAGACAGAAAGCUGGCUCUGGGCUAAGCUGGGCCAACGUAGCCUCAAAGAAGAAAGACGAGAAACAAGACGACAAGCCCACCUUUGGGCUGAAUGUGCCUGUCGCAUUUGUCCCUGACAAUCGUUCUGCAACUCAGAGUUCAACAACGCCAACAUCCAAGGUUAUUGCCAGCCUCGACCAUAUCCCGGCCAAGCAGAAAGAAGAGCACGCCAAGGACAAGUCAAUUUCAGUUGAGAAACCAAAGCCUGACCCAGCCACACCGGCCUUCCGAAUUGUUCCAGGAAUGGUCAUGCCAACAACGGAUCACGAGGAGUAUAGCGACUUUCUGCCAGAGGCUGAGAACAAGCUACGUAAGUUGGUUGAAGUUCUACAAAUAGUUCCCGGGAAAGUGAGCAUCCAAGCUCAAUUUGGGAGGUUGUGCCGAAAAGAUAUAUUUCCCGCUUUGGUCUAUGACGGUCAAGCUCCAUCGUGGGCUGUUAACAAAACUGUUGAGGCUCUAGACACUGAAAAUCCGCAUAUGGGAUUUUAUCCCAUCCUCACAACAAGCGGGGCAGAAGCAAACUUGAUCCCUCAAAUGCUUGGUGGCAGAUCUCCAUGGGAACUGACGGGGAAACGAGUCUACUACGAAUUCCACUGCUUCGCCGGAAAGACGCCUGAGGUUAUCGUGGAAGUUGAUGCCGAUACAUUCCAGCAUCAACACUUCCCCCCGACGACUGAAGUCUCAAAGGCUUUCGUGCAUUGCACUCAACGUGCAUGGGAUAUCAAAAUUUCUGUCUCCCGUAUGUAUACGCAGGCGAUGGCCGAUGAUAUGGAAGAGUUUGCUGCAUCAUUAGUGCGCUCCAUGAGUAUCGGAACGAACGAGAUGGGGGAGCUCGUGAUCAGUACCGAGCCGAAGAGCAUCUCAAAUUUAGGCGUCGACAGGGUCAGAAUAUGUCACGAAGCCCGGUACCGAGAUGGAAAGAAGGGACCUAGCUGUCUCAAGGUUACUAUGAUACGACGAGUUGAGAAACUUCCUGGUAUUCCCAAAGGAACUUAUCGGGGUCAGUCAGUUCCAGUGACCCCGCCUGGAAAUGGCCGGCCUGGCCAGUGGUUCGAAGCAAGCAUUUCAUCUGUACGAGCAGAAGAGAUAUUCCAAGAGAACAUGGGUCUAGAGUUCGGCGAUAAAACACAUUGGACACCUGAUAUCCUACACCAACAGGGCGUUUUCAGAGCCAUCUCUGAACCAGCACUGCAAAUGGUCAGAAAGAUGGACCAUGUCGGCGAUUCGAACUCAAACGGACAAGGCCCUCGCACUGGUCAGCAAUCGUACAGUGCUGCUCAGGAUUCAAUGCACAGGCAGAAAGGGACAUACUUUUGGUAA